GAGAAAUCUCCGAAUGUCUAUCUCCUUGUUCUCCAUUUAGUGAACUCGUCGUGUUUCACAGAUAAUGUCCGAGAAUGUCUAUUUCUGGGACUCUGAGCAACUAUUACGUGGACUCCAUCAUAAGUCAAGACAGCGGUGAACUCCCGACCCCAUCUCAUUUUCCCAGCGUCCAAUAUUCCGGCUCAAGCUCUGCAGCUGUAGCGGGUGGAAGACAGCCCGGCUCCGCAGCACCGUCGGAGCAUCCGAUCCCCGACUCGUUUCCAUCCUGCAGCUUCCAGCCAAAGCCUCCGGUCUUCUCAUCACCCUGGAGUCCCUUCAGUCCGCACCACCAUGGCGCGAGCGGUCUUCCGACGGUCUUUCACCCAUACCUGCAGACGCAACACGUCCCUUCCACGGACAAUCGCUACCUCCGCACAUGGCUGGAAUCCGCACCGCGAGGCUCCGACGGCUUACCGGGCCAGCAGGGUCUGAGCGGCCAUGUGAAACUGGAGCCCCAGAUCAGCCACCUAGGCGUGGAAACCGCACCCAAAAUGCAGCUGGAGAGCACCACAUACAUCCUGGAGUCCAGAUCCACGGCACCACCGGCCGCCAUCCCCGGUGCGGGAUUCGGAGAAAACAACGACUCUUGCGAAGGGAGCGAAGACAAAGGGGGCCUAGAUCAAAACGACCCCUCCGCCAACUGGUUACACGCACGCUCCUCCAGGAAGAAGAGGUGCCCGUAUACCAAAUAUCAGACGCUGGAGCUAGAGAAGGAAUUCCUGUUCAACAUGUACCUGACGCGCGACCGGCGUCAUGAAGUGGCCAGAGCACUUAACCUGACUGAGAGACAAGUGAAGAUCUGGUUCCAAAACAGGAGGAUGAAAAUGAAGAAACAGAGAAAGGAUCAACCCAAGGAUUAACAUAAUUUGCACAAGCGUGUGCAUGCACUUAAACUACCGUACAGAUGGACUUGGUCCACGCUCACACUUAAAGAGAACGCACAGUCAACGUUGUAUGAUUAGUACACUCUAAUAACAGUUGGAUGAAAAAUAACCCAAUUUGGUUAAAUUCUAACCCAAUUACUGGGGCAAAAAGCGACCAACUACUUAUUCAUGUUAUUCAUUUGGCCCAACUUCUUGGUUUAAAUGAGAAACCCAAAUUGGAUAAAUUAAAAUAACCUGACAUUGCAGU